GGAUGAAGUCAAUGCAACCAACACUGAUGGUCAACCAAUAACAUGUACAGAUGAUGCAGGGGGAACUGCUGUGACUACCACAGGAGGAGACUUUCCAGUUGGACUUCACACUGUGACUUGCACAGUUACCAAUGAUGGUGGUUGCACGGCCUCUGCAAACUUCACAUUCAACGUCACAGGCCCAGUCACAUCAACCACAGGCCCAUCAACCACAGGCCCAGGCACAUCAACCACAGGCCCAUCAACCACAGGCCAAUCAACCACAGGCCAAUCAACCACAGGCCCACCAACCACUGGCCCACCAACCACAGGCCCACAAACCACAGGCCCACCAACCACCGGCCCACCAACCACCGGCCCACCAACCACAGGCCCACCAACCACAAGCCCACCAACCACAGCCACCAACCACCGACCCACCAACCACCCCUCCACCAACCACCGACCCACCAAGCACCGACCCACCAACCACCGGCCCACCAACCACCGACCCACUAACCACCGACCCACCAACCACCGGCCCACCAACCACAGGCCCACCAACCACCCCCCCACCAACUACCGACCCACCAACCACCGACCCACCAACCACAGGCCCACCAACCACAGGCCCACCAACCACCGGCCCACCAACCACCGGCCCACCAACCACCGACCCACCAACCACCCCCCCACCAACCACCCCCCCACCAACCACCGACCCACCAACCACCGACCCACCAACCACCGACCCACCAACCACAGGCCCACCAACCACCGACCCACCAACCACAGGCCCACCAACCACAGGCCCACCAACCACCGACCCACCAACCACCCCCCCACCAACCACCGACCCACCAACCACCGACCCACCAACCACCCCCCCACCAACCACCGACCCACCAACCACCGACCCACCAACCACCGACCCACCAACCACAAGCCCACCAACCACCGGCCCACCAACCACCGACCCACCAACCACCGACCCACCAACCACAGGCCCACCAACCACCGGCCCACCAACCACCGACCUACCAACCACCGACCCACCAACCACAGGCCCACCAACCACAGGCCCACCAACCACCGACCCACCAACCACAGGCCCACCAACCACCGACCCACCAACCACCGACCCACCAACCACAGGCCCACCAACCACCGACCCACCAACCACCGACCCACCAACCACAGGCUCACCAACCACCGGCCCACCAACCACAGGCACACCAACCACAGGCCCAGACUGUGCUGAAUUUGGAUCGUCUAACCUUGUUCCAUUUGGCCUUGGGGCUGGAGACAGUGCACUCUCCACCGUCUAUCAAUCAUUCUAUCUGCCUUCCAAGGAUCGGAUCUCCCCAACCUUCACUUCACGGCAGUUCUUUCCCUUUGGCAAUGAGCUCUAUGAGUUUCUAUAUGUAAGUAGCAGCAUGACUUGUGGAGUGCCGUGA